GAUAUUAUUUAGCGCGAUGACAAUAACCCUGAGUUUUGUAAAUAAAUUAUAGGAGUGAGAAGUGUUUUUAAUAUUAUGUUGCGCGUUAUAAAUUUUCGUCGUACAUUAGUGACCUCAUUCAAAACAAAAGAAUUAUGCAAUUACAAAUUGUUAUUGCCUAAUCAUCGUAGCUCCUCCAAUGUUCCCAACCCGGACCACAGUAAUUUUCAUUUGGAUGGAUCACGAAGUUUGCCUCGUUUAAUGGACUUUCCUGAAACGUUGUGGCCUUCAACAAUCAAUACUUUGAGAAAUUGGAUAUUAAUACAAUUUAUAAUCCGCCCUUAUUUUGACAGAGAAUUUACCAUUAAGGACUUCGUAUAUGGUGCUAAGCAAGCUCUUCAGAUUAUUUCAAGAAAACUGUUAAAUGGAGAAUUCGAUGCAUUAAACGGCUUCGUGUCCAAAGAAGCCAUCAAUGAGCUAAAACCCACUAUUCAGAAACUAUCUGUGGCCCAAAGGAAACAAUUAGAAAUUAAUAAAACCGAUAUUUACUUCGCUUUCCCAUACCAAGUGGGUAUAAUAUUUGACGAAGAGCAAGAAAAAAUUCAGAAGCGUUGGGUUGAAAUAACAAUGGUUUUUCACGUACUUCGUGGACUUACGGAAAUGCGAAACCGCGGUGAAGAAAUUCCUUGGAAUAUGGGAUCCCUUCCAGAAUAUCAAGAUAAAGUGUUUGUGUGCAAUUAUCGCUUCAAAAAGGAAUUUACUAACGGCAAUGUGUCAGAUUGGACUGUUAAUGCUUUAAAUCAUUUUAAGCCAAUUGAUUUAGUCAGAGAAAAAUAAGUGAAUAAACAUAUAUAUUAACAAA